AUGAUUGGGAGUGAUGAGGAAGGAGAUUAUUCGUUAGACAUCAGAGACGUCACAUUGGAUGACGACGCAAUGUACCAGUGCCAAGUCAGUACGGGACCUCGAGGUGAAACAGCGAUUCGGUCAAGAUCUGCCCGCCUAACGGUUUUGGUGCCUCCUGAGCCUCCGAAGAUACUAAAAGGUCCAGUUCUGCAAGCUGUUGAGGACAGAGAUGUAGACUUAGAAUGCGUCUCCGUCGGAGGAAAGCCUGCUGCAGAAAUAACAUGGGUGGAUAGUGAUGGAGGUGUUUUGAGUCAGGGUGUUACUUAUGCAGUUGAAGAAAUGUCGGAUGGAAGACGAUACACUGCGAGGUCAGUUCUUCGACUCCGGCCGCGAAGACAGCAUCACAACCAAACGUUUGUCUGUCAAGCCCAGAACACGGCAGACAGGGCGUAUAAAGCUACCACUAUUAAGAUAAAGGUCCAAUAUGCGCCCAGAGUUAAAAUUUAUGUUAAACCCGGAUCUACUAGCGGAAAGAUGCACGAAGGAGAUGCAGUUGUAUUCGGUUGUCAAGCAUCAGCAAAUCCGAAUAAUUUAUCAUUUAAAUGGUACGUCAACAGUGAACAUGUAAUCGGAACAUAUGGAAACGAACUGAUAAUAUCGAAUAUAACCAGAUCGUAUAACAGUGCAACUAUUAAGUGCGAAGUUUAUAAUGAAGUUGGGAAGAGCGCCGAUACUAAAGUUUUGGAGGUUGCAUACGGGCCCUCUUUCAAACGAAAACCACAAAGCGUAGAGGGCGAUGCUGGGUCCACCACAAGUUUAUCGUGCCUUGUCGACGGUCACCCUCACCCCAAGACAUUAUGGUUGCGAUAUGAAAGGGACAGGGUUAUUAUAGUAGGAAAGUCAGCUAAUCUCACCUUGACUGUAAAUAAGCAUUCGGCAGGCCAAUACUGGUGCAGAGCCAGUAUAGAUGGACGGAAGGACAUCGAAGCUGCAGCUAUGGUGUAUAUGAAAGGACCACCAAAGAUAAUGUCAAAUGAGACACAAUACGGUCUAGAAGGAGAUACGAUAAGAGUCGAGUGUAUAUCGUUUUCUGUUCCGAAGCCAGAUAUAGUUAUUUGGGCUUUUGAGGGAAACGAAAUCAAUUCUUUUCAUAACCAGGAGUACGUAUUUCUUGAGGAAGCAUUAGCUGAUCGUAUGACAAAAUCAACACUCAUUGUAAGGGACAGUCAAGCAAAACAUUUUGGAAAUUAUAAUUGUACUGUGAUCAACUCCUACGGCUCUGAUAGUAUGCUGAUCCACCUGGUUGCCGACAAAUCUUCUCCACUCAUGGUGAUCAUAGCUGGGGCAUCAUCUUUGACAGUUGUCGUCCUCCUAAUCAUGUUUAUCAUUAUGUUGUGUCAUAAAAAGAGUAAUAAAUGCGACGUAAAGAAACCAGAUUUAACGGACAUAAGCAAAAAUUGCCCAUAUAAGGAGAGCGAUCGAAAUUCAAAUAUCAGCGACUUGAAGUUGGAGUUACGACAGAUUGAGGGUAGUUGCGACGUGGAUACAUCACAGGAGUCAGAAACAGAUCUACGUUCCACAAUACAUUUGACUACAAACCUUGGUUUACCACUUGCUGGUCCCGUGCCUCUACCUGAAUCAGGCUAUGAUGGUGAUCCUAUGAGCCAGUACCAACGAUACAGUGGGGAUUUCCAUCAGCCCAUUACUAACUUGCAGUUCAAGACCCAAAACCAAGCGAAUGGUUAUGUACCAUACGUGGACUAUUCUCGGGACUAUGCCCCCCCUUCUAACGAACCACAGACCGGUUCACUAUCAAGGAACACAGAUAUAACCUACCAGAGUCACUAUGGGUCUUUGCAUCGGCAGCAGACUUCUGGAAGACUAAGUGGGAUGGUGGGACCAGAUUUAAUACCAAUGUCCAAUCCUGGAGUGAUAAUGUCUGGUGUGGACGUCCGCUACGCAGCUACGUACGGAAAUCCGUAUCUUACUGGAAACGGAGCAAGUCUUUCAUAUGCCCAACCAAAUACAUCUAAAAAUGCUCCUCCACCAUACUACACAUUGAAGAGUCUAGCUCACCAACAAUCAGGGUUGUCGGUAUCACCACCACCGUCGUUGAGCGUCUCGACUGCUCCAGAUAGCGCUCAACCUCAAGUGCCUAAAUCCCAGACAGCCCAUUACAUUCUGCCCACGAGCCAAGGCCUGCAGACGUCUAAAUUGGGCAAAGGAAAUGGAACGGCUGGAACACACGUAUAG